UUGCCACAGAGCCGAUGGAGACAGAGAAGAAGAGUUAGUUUCUGUAGCAGAAGAAGAAACGCCUGUUUAACAGAAGAGAGAAACAGAAGAAGAAGAAGUUGGAGGACUUGUGUUCAAACUUUUCGCUGUAAACUGUGCGCAUGCGCCGCUUGUAGCUGUUUGUGUUGCUCUCUCCGGGUAUAACGGGUAUAACGGACCGAUUGUGUCAUCGGGCCCGCUGGUGACGUCACCGACCCCUGAUCCGGAGCGCCGUGGUUGGAGCGCGCUCCCGCCGAGCACGUGCACCCCCGACAGCGACCCAUCACAGUUGCCGGGGGAAACAGCGUUACCGUUACCAUGGGGACAUAACCGGACUCGGAGAGGAAUCGUGUCCUGGUUCAGUGUGUGUGUCUGUGUGUGUGUGUGUGUGUGUGUGUGUGUGAGGAUGAGUGCAUUUAAAAAGAGGAGUAGCUUCCAGAUCACCAGCGUGACUUCAGACCUCAUCCAAUCAGCUGCGAGCGUGGCUCAGGGAAGCUCCUCCCAGCCGACCACGCCCUGUCUGAAGAGGAGGUACGGCUCCCAUGAUGCAACGGGGCAGGGCUCCAGGUUCCGGGUGGUGCGGUUGGCGGCGGCCGGCGGGCGUGGACAGACGAGUCGGCGCGGCCGCUGGACAUGCACCGACGUCAUGGAGACGCAGGACGGGUGCAGCCGCGUCAUGGACUCCAUGAGACACGCCCACUCGCUGGAGUCCCUGGAGCUGAUUGGCCGGGACGCUGACGGGGGCGGAGCCUACUCUCAGCACUACAUGCUGGAGCCAAUCAGAGGCGGCGUCCACUCUCAGCAGCCAAUCAGAGGCUUCAGGGCAGGGCCCCCCCCAACCCCUCCGGGCCCAAACGUCCGUAUCCUGGCAACGCCUGGGUUUGACUUUGCCCCUCCUCCGCCGUUGCCCCGCCCCCGAAACAUCCCCCCGCCUCUACGUCUGGACGUGGACUCUGCAGGACGGUCUGUCCUCAGGCUGUCUCACUCUCAGCCCUGCUCCCCCCCCGCCGGACCAUACCAUCCCGGUCUGACCCCUGACCUCCCUCCAGCUGCCUUCAGUCUGGACCAAACCAUCUUCAACCUGCCGGGGGAUGACAGUUCCAGUAACAGUCUGAUUGCCAUUGACAACAAAAUUGAACAAGCCAUGGACCUGGUGAAGAGUCACCUGAUGCUGGCGGUCCGAGAGGAGGUGGAGCUCCUCAGGGACCAGAUCAGAGACCUGCAGGAGAAGAACCAGCAGCUGCAGAGAGAAAACCACAUCCUGAGAACUCUUACACACAAUCUACACAACACAUAACACACACAAUCUACUCAACACACACAAUCUACUCAACACAUAACACACACAACACAUAACACACACAAUCUACACAACACAUAACACACACAAUCUACACAAC